AUGGAAACCUCAAACACAGAAGCAGUAGAAUACCUCCACCACCUCCUCAACAAAACCCUCCGCAUCCACACCAGCGACUCUCGAAUCUUUGUCGGAACAAUGAAAUGCACUGAUCGAGAACUCAAUAUAAUCCUCUCCCUAACCCACGAAUACCGCCAACCCUCCCCGUCCACAAUCGCCGACGCAGCAUACGCACAACAACUAUCAGGCUCUACGGAAAACCUCAAAGUGGAUAUGGUAAAGAGAUUCGUGGGCCUGGUUGUCGUGCCGGGUAAACACAUUCGCAAGAUUGAAGUUGAGGAGUGA